AUGUCCGAAACCCCAUGUCAUCCCACGCGAACCCAGCACAAAUACACCUACCGCCUGCCCACACCACCUCGCAUCUCGGUUCCCCCACCCACCAUGGCCAGUGAGAUGCCCAACCUUGCCAUUGGCAGCGAACCAGACGACGUGGACAUGUCUUUUCUCAAGGAGACGGCUCUGGAAAAUAUUGUCCAUACCAACACGGUAUUGGAAUGGGCGUAUGAGUCACGGAGGCAGGCGCAGAUAAUCCUGCCCUGGCUGUUCCUGGGACCGAUGCUGGCAGCCAAGGACAAGGCUUUCAUAGAGAAAGAGGGCAUAACCAUGGUCAUGGCCGUGCGUUCCCAAGCCAACAGCCUGGUGGGCGCCAUGAAGGCGGCUGCGCAACUCGGUGUUGAAGUCACUACCAUCGACGUCCCCACUUGCUUCAGCCUUACAAGACGGCUUGCCGAAACGACAACCCUCAUUAAUCGUCAUAUCGCACGUGUCCGACAAGAAGCGCUGGCACAGACCGGCCAGCCAAUUCUAGGGAAAGUUCUGGUAUUCUGUGAGUCGGGGAACGAAAAGUCCGCUGCGGUGGUUGCAGCCUACCUCAUGGCGAUGCUGGACAACUUCGACUAUAUCAGAGCUAUGCAGGUGUGUCAGGCCCAGCGUUUCUGUGUCAACUUUGACGACAACAUCAAGAACAUGUUACUCUCAUACUGGGAUAUCCUGCUUGCGAAGCGCUCUGUUGCGAAGACUCUCGCACAAAUACCUUCCGAUCACAUGGCGAGUGGCGAUGAUACCAGUCCAACCUCCCAGCUAUGGCCAUCAUCGAACAACAAGAAUAAGCGCACUAUCGAGCACAUCCGCGACGAUGAGGACAUGGACAUGGACGGUGUGGAGGAGUCGGAUGCAGCGCGCUUUCUUGGUCGGGACGUCAGACCUUUUUAG